AUGCCAUCAAGCCGCCCCAAACGUAAGAAUGAAAACUUGGACAAACCUAUACUAAUCAAGAAGAAGCGCGCUGCAUCUGGCGAACCCUCAAGCCCUCUGCCCCUAACUAAGCGCCAGAAAGAAGACCCUGCAAUCAUCGAAGCCCGCCACAAGGCCGAAAGAAAAGAGGCCAAAGCAGCAGCCAAGAAGAACUGGGAAGCCUGGGUUGAAGAAAAUGACCAUGAAGGCAUGCUCUUGCCCAGCGAGCCCGCAAAAGACGAAGGCAUUACCCAAACAGACAGUGUUAAGCACUACGGCCUCAAGCCCGCCGAUCUAGUCACCCUCUUGCAUUUCGAGAAGAAGAGUCCAAUGCAUUCAGACGAGGAUACAUCGUCGGAACAUGGAACCCCUGAGAAAGAGGAGACGCCAGAGGAGAGGUGGGCCGAAUACACCAGGACACACUCACUUACCUUGGACACCACGGACGGCAGGCUCAACGAAGAACCGACGAUAUCUAUCAAUCGAAGGGACGGCCGUGUUAAGUACGACAUCACGGGUCAAGAAUGGGAUUGUCUGCCCUUCUUUCUUAAGACUGUUGCAUAUGGUGUCAGGAUGAAGGUGUACAAGGAAAGUGAGGUCAAGCUACUGGGGUACAGGAAAAUGGCUGUACUGGCUGGCGGAGAUAAGCUGUGCGAUUUCGAUGAAUUGUUGCUCCUGAAAAUGGGAGAGCAGCUAUUCGAGGAGCGGGAGAGCAGAUUGAGGGAUAUUGGGAGAAGAUUCGAUGAGCAGAAGAGGGAAUCAGAGGAGUGCAAGAAAGGAUGGGUGGAGUAG